UUAUAAAUAGCACCACCUAAUUCCCCCCUAACCCUCUCAUCAUCCUAUUUUACUACUAGUACAGUUCCUCCUCAAUCUUUUUAGUCGGUAAUCAGCCAUGGCUGCUCUCAAAACAGUUCACGUGUCUUCUCCUUCCCCCCAUUCCAUCAAGAUUCCCAAGUUCGCAGUGAUCGGACACAGAGGAAACGGGAUGAAUGUGUUGAAUUCUUCGGAUACGAGAAUGAAACAUGUCAAAGAGAACUCGAUUCUCUCCUUUAAUACUGCGGCUUCUUUUCCUCUUGAUUUCGUCGAGUUUGACGUUCAGGUGACCAGGGAUGGUUGCCCAGUCAUAUUUCAUGAUGAUUUCAUCCUUUCUCAAGAAAAUGGUACUAUAAUUGAAAAGAGGGUUACAGAUUUAUAUUUGAGUGAAUUCCUUGCCUAUGGUCCCCAAAGAGAUCACACAAAGACCGGUAAAACUUUGGUGAGAAAAACAAAAGAAGGCAAGGUUUGGAAUUGGAAUGUUGAGAACGAUGCUCCGGCAUGUACUUUGCAAGAAGUGUUUCAACAAGUGAAACCCUGUUUGGGGUUCAACAUUGAGGUGAAGUUCGAUGAUAAUAUAAUCUAUCAAAAGGAGUAUCUUGCACAAGUUCUACAAACUAUCUUUCAGGUGGUGUUUGAAAAUGCCAACGAUAGACCUGUAAUCUUUUCGAGCUUUCACCCAGAUGCAGCUUUGCUACUCAAAAAAAUGCAGAGCACUUACCCUGUUUUCUUCCUUACAAACGGGGGAACAGAAAGUUACAAUGACGUGAGAAGGAAUUCACUAGAGGAAGCACUGAAAUUGUGCUUAGAAGGUGGACUGGAUGGAAUUGUCUCGGAAGUUAAAGGUGUAUUUAGAAAUCCUGCAGCAGCAAGCAAGAUAAAGGAAUCAAAUCUUUCCCUCCUUACGUAUGGGAAACUGAAUAAUGUGCCAGAAGCUGUAUAUAUCCAAUAUCUAAUGGGAAUCGAAGGAGUUAUUGUUGAUCUGGUUCAAGUAAUUACACAAGCCGUCUCUGAAACGAUCGACCGAAAAGCAGAAAAAGAAGAAGAGACUGAAUCGCCUCAAGUAACGGAGAAGCCAGAAUUCAGUAAAAGGGAGCUCUCAUUUUUGCUGAAGCUCAUCCCGGAAUUGAUACAAGUAUAGAAUGAAACAGGGGAUUAGGUGGGAUAACCAUGAUUCCUAGCUCUACUAUAGAGAAGAUGACAAGCAAUUGAUAAAAUUUAACCUAGUUCCAUAUAUAUUAAUACUGAAAGAAAUAUCUGAAUUCAUGGGGUUAACCUUUGAUGUAGAAAUUUCUGCUGAAACGCGUAGAAUCACAUCUCCAUCACCUAAUAUUUGUGACUCCUACUUGAUUGUAUAACCAUGAUUUCUGAAGGAAUCUAUAAUCCAGUAUAUUUUUCGUUCAA